UCUCCUGCCCCUCCCGGGACAUAUUACUCCCUUUGCUCCGCCAACUACAACGCAACAAUAGAAGUUUCUUCUCCCCACGCGCUCUGCCAAUCAAUUCCAUCACCCCACGAGCGGUGAGCAGACCAGCCCUCCUGUCUUCUUCGCGGGGUCCAUUGCUUGCUCUCCCGCCCCUUUUCGUGGCCAAGAACUGAAAAAACCUAAAAUAAAGUACAAUAAAAUCUCUAAUAAUUGGCGGCUCGGAGUCGGUCUUCUUUCACGGUACGCAUCCCCCAUUAAUUCCCCAGCGUCAUCACCUCGAGUUUCGAUAUCCGCCUCCCAUGGGCCUCCUCGAGUUCUCUCGCUCCCGCCGGCGGUGGUUCCUCCUCGCCGCGACCGCCGGCAUCUCCGGAUACGGCGCCUACAAGCUGUACCAUCUCCCCUCCGUGGCCCGAAAGCGCAGGAAGCUCGCCAGGCUCGUCGGAACGCUGGUCGCCGUUGCCGACGCCGCCUCCUCCUCCGCCGAGACCGUCGCCCUCGUCUCCUCUGAUCUCAACCGCUUCCUCCGCUCCGACACCGACGAGAUCCCCACCAGCUUGAAGCAAAUCUCCAAGAUCGCCCGUUCGGAUGAGUUCUCCUGUUCGCUCUCUAGGGUUUCCGAAGCGUUGACCGUCGGAAUCUCGCGCGGAUUCCGAUCCAGCGCGGUUCCCUCCGAGUCGGUGUCGAGCUCCAGCUUUUCCGAUCGGUUUCUCGACAAGCUCUUCUCCACCGCGGGUUCCGGCUUCGCCUCCGUGGUGACCGGAAGCUUCGCGAGGAGCCUGGUGAUGGCCUUCUCCUCGAGGGGAACCGACGGUGGAGAGGUCGGCAGAACGCAGUCGGACUUGCCUGUGGUGCCGCGGUGGGUUCACGUGAUUUGCAGCGACAAGUGCCGGGAUAUGAUCGGUGAUUGCAUCCAGUUAUUCGUGAGCACUGCCGUCGCGGUGUACCUCGACAAGACAAUCGAUAUCAAUCCUUAUGAUGAAAUCUUUUCUGGCCUCACCAAUCCCAAGCAUGACGCCAAGGUCAAGGAUAUGUUAACUUCUGUUUGUAAUGGUGCCGUGGAAACUCUGGUAAAGACUUCGCACCAGGUGCUCACCAGCUAUAAUUCGGGCUCCUCGAUUGACAGAGUACAGGAUUUUGAGAGAGAGGAGGAAAACCAGAGGAAAAUUUCAUUUGAUCAUCAGAGUAAGGAUGGUGGUGGAUGGGUUCAGCAGGUUUCGUCCACAUUGGCAGUGCCGAGCAACCGGAGGUUUGUUCUUGAUGUCACGGGGAGGGUAACAUUCGAAACGGUGAGGUCGUUUCUUGAUUUUGUGCUCUGGAGGUUGUAUGGGAGUGCAAGGAGAGGGGUUAAUGCUAUCAGUGAGGAGGUGAUUGCGAGGGGAUUGGAAGUGUUGAGGUUCAUCAGUGCCAAGUCCAUGGUUAUUGUUACGAUAUGCCUCACCUUGUGCAUGCAUGUGUUGACCGGGACGAUGGUUUUGAUGCCGGCUUCAGUUGGUCAUGGAAUCCUCCAACCUCUGUGAUAACCUUCAAAUUAUGUAAUAAAUAUUGCUCUUAUGCUUCAGAAAGGCCUUUUUUCACUGGUAUUUGAUGCUUGUUCUCAGGAUUGGUGAUUCAAAAAGGGAAAAAGAAGUUAUUAUAUAUAACUAUUUGUAUUUGAAGAGCAACAGUAACCUUUUAUUUUAGUUGUUUCUAUUGUUCAUAUCACUGAAACUUAGUUUAGGAGGAAAAUGAUGAUUUCAUCAUACAAGAUGGAAAAUUGUAAAAAGAAUCAUAUGUAAAUAUGCUAUACACUUGAAGAAGUUCCAGUAAACAGCCAUUUGAGGGAGGAAGUGUUCUGCAC